AUGGUCGCCUCUGGUGGCAUAUGGGCACCGCUAGCCCUGCGGCUUGCUCGUAGCACCGCCUAUAAAGCGACCAAGCUUAUACGAAGCAAGCUUGCAACCAUUACACGGCCCGUCAACGCCGCGGUCGAACCCGUCCUUGUCCGAUCACAACCUCGCCAUCCCAUCCAUCCGAAUGCCUUUCUCCGCCAGCAGAAGAGCCGACGAUGGCACUCGACCACUUCCACAUACAAGAAUAUCGACGCCGCUGUGCGCCGAUUCAUGAGCACUGGCCGAAUUGGUGAAACUCCACAAAUCAAUCGAUCCAAGUUCCUCAACACCCGAACCGGCCAAGCAGUUUCUCAGAUCACUGGUCGGGCUCCCUUCGCGAGCACUUUGCGGCCGAACCUUACAGGAGGUGCGCUUCCUCGUACAGCCGGUGGCUAUGGUCUUGGUUCGGGACGUGUUGGUGGGGCCCGGUACUUUUCGCAUGCACCCGCCUCGCAAGCACAAGUUUUUCAGAAUGUAUCUGCAGCGGUGCGAGCGUUCUGGAUUUCCGGCCAAAAGGCACAGUUCGAUGGCUUGAAUCAUCGUGGAGAGAAGCGAUACCGCGCUGUAUCGGCCCUGCAAGAUGAGGCCUCCCGGAAAAUGGCCUCGGUGCCCCACCACGUCGCGGGCUCCUACGUCGACUUCCGCCUAAACCCGGUCAUCACCUCGCUCAGCCCUCUGGCUGGUGGAUUUCCCUACCCAUCUGCCGGUGUCAAGGCCCCAGCGCAUGAUGCCACAACUCUCAACACCGAAGGCUUCCUUGAUGUGCUGUCCGUAGACUUUGCAAGGGCUCUCAAGGAUCUCACCUCGACGCUAGCCGAUAUUAAGAAACUGUCGACGCUAGGAGACCUUCCUAUUCAGCUGGAGAAAGACUUCAUCCUGCGUGUUCGCUUCCCUGGCGUCGAUGCUGACACAGUAGAAACUCUAUGCGACGACCUCGGUCUUACGCGGGGAAUUGUCCGCGAGGAUUCGAAUUUCGGAUCUGAGAUGGGCGUACCUCUAGCAUUGAGGUUUCCUUAUGCACCGAAUGUUCAAGUAACUGGUUGUCCAGAGUUGUUGGCAUUGACAUCUCCUGGCGGGUCGCUCAGGUCUGAGGAUAGCUUUCCCAAUGAAUACGAGUUGUUCGAGGGUUUCGAUGGGCUUGAUGGCAACCCCUGGCUAUCCAUCUCUGAUCCAGAAGGCUAUGAGUCCAUGUCACCACCUCCUGUGAGCUCAGGCGAGCAUUGCUCUGAAGAAUUCGAAGGGUUAGAGGGCGUAUACCGGUUCCUGGAAGAAUGUGACCGAGUCCAAGGAAGGCAUGGGACCACGGCUUAG